AUGAUUUCCAUUUUGCGAAAACUAUUUAAAUUUCUUAUAUUGAUUACGUCUUUGUUUUUAUUUACAAGAUUAAUUUGCAAUUUUUAUCAAGUUGAAAACAAAAAUGUGAAUACUUUUCCAAUAGUGUUUUACAAAGAUGCAUACGUGGAUCUCAGAAUGUCUCCUCCAAAACUUCGAGUAUUUUCCCUAAAUCACUGCCUUAUCAAUGGAAGCUUUUUAAUAAUCAGAUUCGAAGAUUACAAACAAGAAAAUAUAAAAAUGCUCGGCGAGCCUAUCGAAGCCGAUUGCCCAUGGUCUUGGGCUCCAAAUUGUUAUUAUAGUUCUCAUGUUUUUGAGGUCUCACUUUACAAUGUUCCGUUGGAAGAGCUGCUGAAAAUUCGAAAAGUAAAUAUUUUGAUAAAUGGGAAAGUCAUAGAUCUGAAUAUAAAACAAGUAAUGCCUAAAUUAAAGGAUGGUCUAACAAUUUGUGUCCAACCUGUCUAUUGGUACAACCAAUUUCAGAAUAUAAUACUUUUCAUUGAGAGUUGGAGAAAUCAAGGAGCUUCACAUUUUAUUGUGUACUUUCAUUCAUCUACAAAAGAAGUCAAAAUGGUCCUAGAUCACUACCAGAAAUUGGGAAUCCUAACUAUUAUGCCUUGGCCAACAUUCGGAACUUUACCCACUCAAUUCCCAAACAUAAAUUCCCAAGUAUAUCGUGUCGGUCACAAUUUGGCUGCAAAUCUAUGUGUUUUGGAAAUGAAGACCACACUUGGAUCAAUCGUUGAUUUCGAUGAACUAAUUGUUCCGAAAAAUGGUUACUCGAGUGUUUUGGCAUUAUCAAUUCAAAAGUUGGGUCAGGAAAAUGUGGGAGCAUUGGAAUUUGAAAAUACGAGAGUUCAACUAGAUUUAUCAAAUGAUAAAACUGGAUUUGACACCAGUUCGUUGAAAAAUCCAGCGCUAGUGGAUAAGAAGGGUCCUCCAAAACUUAUUUUCAAAACCUCUUCCAUUGAAAUAAUCCUUACCCAUUCUGUCCGAAAAUUCAUCAAAACUACGGAUCGAACCCUGAAAGUUGCUCACGGUACCCUGAUUCACUAUCGAUAUAAUGGAGGAAAAUUAUUGUCGAAGAAAAUGAAAGAUUUUUCAAUUUUCGACGGCCACAAUUUUGACGGCCACAUUGAGAAUAUGAAAAACACUACCAAAAUUAUUUUUGGAGUUGGACAAUCAAUUUUUAAAUCGGAAAUCAUAUGGAAAUUAAAUGAGUGUAUAGAAGAAAUUAAAGCUGCCAACAUUUGUCGAAGUACAGUUACCUUUUGCAAAAGCCGGAUGGAAAAUAUUGCAAGCUGGGAAAUUCACCGAACUCCGGGGAUUUUUAAAUUUUAG